UGCAUAUCAUACAAGAGAGGAAGCAAUAAAAGCUAAUAGAAAGUCACCACAUCUUAAUGAAAUCUGGAGACUUAGACGAAAUGCAAAUAUAGCAAAUUUUGAAAGUAUAAAAUUUCUGGCAACACUCCAUGAUAUAGAUAAAUUCGAAGAAAACAAUCCUAAUUAUGUUAUUAAUAUAUUUAAACCAUUUUAUAGAGAAACUUUUGAAAAAAUAAAA